AGCAAUCCAACACGCCAUCCAACCCCACGCGCAGCAGCUGCCAGCACCCACCAGCACCGCCAGCACAAGCAACACAACAUGGCUCCCUCCUCGACCACUACGUAAGUCGUGAUGGCUGCUCGACAUAUUGCUUCGUUCGUUCGGGUGGUUGGUUGGUUGGUUGGUUGGUUGGCGAUACGUUCGGGAGCAAGCGCCCAUGAUUGGCCACAAUUGUUUGCGAGCGCACACACGAUCAUCACUUCAUUUACACUCACUCGAUCAAGAUCAAGAUCAUCGACAAGCAAAGCAAAGCAAGCAAGCUCAAAGCCCCGACGCUACCGUCUCACCCCUGACCUUUCCUUCCCUCUUCUUCACACACACACACACACAGCGACAACAUGAGCGAGCAACAGCAGCAGCACACCCAGCAGCAGCAGCAGCAGCAGCAGGCUGAGGACCCCUACAUGGCUCUGUUCGGCCACCAGCACGAGAUCCAGUCCCCCAAGAGGAAGUACUCCAAGUUCAUCACAGAGAACCCCCUUGUGCCCGCCGCCAUCGCCGGUGCCGGUCUCUCCCUGAUUGGCGGUUUCUGGGCUUACAGGACCGGCCGGCAGCAGCUCUCACAAUACCUGCAGCGCGCCCGCGUCGGCUUCCAAGGCCUCGCCGUCGCCGCCCUCGUCAUCGGCACAUGGUCUGGCGUCCACGAUGACAACGACAAGAAGCAAUAAGAACAAGUCCACGCCAACCCCAACCAACCAGCCAACCCCAGCCAUAGGCCUCUCCCACACAUACUCAACCAACCAACACACACAUCAACAGCUCCAACGCUGAUGGCGCUGACGCCUCUCUCUUCUUCUUUCCCAGUGUGCUAGGCGCGUUUCUUUGUUCUUUCCCCUCUGUGCUUCUUAAGCUCUCCUCACUCACUGUGAGGUGACGUCCCCUCUUUUUGCUUUAUGUCAAUGACGCGGGUUGGGAAUCAAUGAGCGAUGUACCUCACGCCCUGCCGCAAUGCAAUUCAUCGUCUUUGGGUGGCUAUUGAUAUGACGCCGUUUGUGAUUUGUCUGGUUGUGUGCCAUGUGUCGUCUGCAGUGUGAGUGUGUUUGAUUGUGUUUGUGUGUUUGUGAUUGUCUGUUUUCAUUCUCCCAUCCUGAUCUGCGAGCGAGCUGCGUGAGUGAGGUCCGCGUGUGUCGUUGUUACGGUGACGCACCCUGAGCCCCUCUCCUCUCCUCUCCUCUCCUCGUCUUCUGUCUUCUAUCUCUUGAAUGCAUCCUGACCGCUGUUGCUCAGUGAGGCUCAAUGCACAUUGGUAGCUUCUCCUGAGUGUGUCAUCGCUUCUUCCCCAAGCUGACAGUAAAUAAACCUCCUUCCCCAAA